UUAAAUAGAUUUUAUGGCUGUAUAAUUAGCGUAGAAUCAACUGCGUUGACAUUUGCGCCAAUGAAGAGGGGUUUCUACGAUGUGGUCAUUAGUGGCGCGGGAGUGUCUGGACUGGGACUGGCUGCACUACUCAAGAAAAGUCCACUAUUCAAGUCUCGAUCAGUUCUGGUGUUGGACAGAACUCUUCCCAACAUCCUUCCUGCUAUGGAUCCCAAAGAAGAGGGUGGAAACAGGAGUGAAAAGAGCAGACCCUAUUCUAACAGGAUCUAUGCUCUGAACGAGUCAUCAUUGGAAGUGCUGCAGAGGACAGGGGCGUGGGAGGUGGUGUGUGACGAGUACAGACACUGGCCAGCCUACAGAAUGGUAACUCUGGACUCGAAGUCUCCAAGUGGCUUCACAUCUUUUCCUUCCUCUUCACUCGAAUCGGAUGAAAGAAUCGAGAAGCCAGUGGCACACUUUUUAGAAAGUGAAGUGAUCGUGUCAAGUCUCCUAAAAGUCAUUCAAGACAGUCCCCACAAGGUCACCGACACAGUAAGCAUGAACAAAAACGAGAUCACAGGUAUCCAACGCAAUCAAUCAUCAAUCCAAUUGACACUUGAGGGUGGACAGACGAUCGAAACUAGUCUACUAGUUGGAGCUGAAGGUUACAAAUCGAACGUGAGGAAAUUAGCAAAAAUGAAAUGCUACCAGCAUGAAUAUCAUCAUCAUGCACUGGUCGGAACACUCAGCGUCGAAUGUUCCGAUGGAAACAGGGCUGCUUGGCAGAGAUUUCUACCUUCGGGACCUAUUGCGUCACUACCUCUCAAUAGAGAUACAGCAUCUUUGGUACUAUUUGCAGAAAAGUCCAAUUUGGACGAGCUAAUAACGAAAACUGAAAGUGAAAUUGUAGAACAAUUAAAUGCUUAUUGGAGUGAAGAUUAUGGAGAUAAUUUUCAAUUUACUGGGGCGCUUAAAAUAUUGUCAAGAGGUCUGAACGGAAUCACUGGAAGCCCAGAAGCUGAGGAGCCGAAACCUCCGAUGAUCAGAUCGGUCGACAAAUCAACACUCGCCACUUUUCCCGUUGGAUUUGGCCAUGCUUCUCACUAUGUGCAACCAAAUAUUGCCCUAAUAGGUGAUGCAGCGCACAGAAUUCAUCCUUUGGCCGGUCAAGGUGCAAAUCUGAGUCUACUCGAUUGCGAAGUUUUGUCUACGCAGGUUGAGGAAGCACUGGGAAAAGGGGAGAAUCCGGGAAAAUAUUCUAGUUUACUCGAGUAUGAGAGAAAGGCACAGAAGCAUAAUUUGACUACUCAGUUGUUCUGUGAUUUGAUAUACAGAAUGUACGGGACGAACAGUGCACCUGUAGUGGCAUUGAGAAGUCUGGCGUCAAUUGGUGUGAACAAUUUGGAAAUGGUGAACAAAUCGCUUGUUCACUGGGCCUCCUCCGGCAAGAAUGCUUACAAAACUUAAAUUAGUGCUAAUAAGAAAAAGCAAAGAAGUUUUAGUAUUCAAAUUUUUUGAAACUUUUGCUUCUUUAGUUCCAAUUUGGUAGACUGAGAAUGAAAUCAAGGCCCAGAGUGCUGUUUUCUGAAAUAAAAAGUAUUUUAGCUUUUGAUAUUUUUCGCUCAGUUAGCCAAAAACUUGUGGCGUGGCAUGUUCCGCCUUAAAAAUUGGAAGAAAGCACGGACUAAAUAGAUUACUUGGUUACUGGCGUUUACUUGUC